AUACUGUCAUGACAACCUCGCUGACGCUUAAAGAGAGGGACUUCCUGCUGAAACUGGACGGAUAGCACCCAAACGGGAUUUCAACGUUUUUCAACUGAUAAUUUAACUUGACUAGGACGCAGCCGUUCUCCUGAGACAACGGGGCAUGCGUUUCUUCGACUCUUUUUUUGGAAAGAACUGAAGCCAAGAGAAACAACCGGGACUCACCGCCAGCUGGUCGUCCUCGAUGCAUUUAACCAGGCCGAAGUCCUCCAAAGGGCGAAGCAGAGCGGCUCUGUAUUCAGGGGUCCCCGGCAGCCUCCCGAGACCACCGGGGUCUCCAGAUUGUCCCGUGUCCAGCAGACCAGACAGGACCCUCCGCUCCCAGUCCAGCCAGCUGAGCCAGGAUGAGGUUCUGCAGACGUUGCAACACGCCCCCCCUGCCCCACCACAGUCCUUAAACAAGUACAAGGUUCUUCCAUCCAUAGCGGGGAGGCAGUCAGACGUGAGUCCCAGGACUGGGCUGGACAAAAAAAUCUCCAAGCUCAGUCUGUCUGACCAUGUGAUCCAUCAGCUAAGGCAGUCAGACCCCCCCACAGUGAAGGAUGUGACCCAGAGCAGCAGCUCUGAGGUGGAUAAGAGGGCCAAGCCCCCUGAUCCAGGAUCAGUCAUUACCAAAGAAGCUGGCAGGUUGCUCCUAGCUGUCCGAGCACCAUGCGGCAGGAGGUUUCAGGAGCACUUUGAGCCCACGGACACUCUUCUGAUGGUGAGAACCAGGGCAGAGGUCCUGUGCGGAGCCCAGUAUGGAGAGGCCUCCAUCGAGACCAUGGAUUUACCACGCAGGACCUUCACAGACAUGGACAUGACCCUGGCUCAGUGUGGCGUCCCGAACAGAUCGGUGCUGUGCAUCUCUCAGAAUGGCAGCGUGGGGGGGCAUGAGUGAGCUUCACUGAAUUUUUUGCAGUUGAAGACCGGUAUCGUGGUG